AUGGAGUUCACUGGCUUACAUUCAACUGUCCCGCAAAAUAACCAGCCCAGCCUGUUCGAUUCCCCUGCGGAGCGGUACCGGAAGGCCAGGCAGAGCGUCCAGCGUUUCACUGUUGCACAGCUCGGGCUGGCAAUAUUCUCAAAUGAAAAUUCAAACAAGUAUGUGGUACAUUCGUACAACUUCUUUCCCUCAACACUGGGAGUUACGGAUGUCGAAUUCACCCUCUCCGCAUCUAGCAUUCAGUUCCUGUCUCAUUAUGGCUUUGACCAUAGAAAGUUCCUUGAAGAUGGAAUCCCAUACAUGAAUGAGGUACAGGAGAAGAUCUUUAGCCAGCAUCUCUUAGCAGGUAGCUCGGAAGUCAGCAGUGCCCUGAACAGGGAUGUGCUGAAGAAGGCUAUUGAUGAAGUGACCUGUUGGAUAGCUGCAGCAGAGGAAGAGGAGUCCAUGAUUCUGCAGGAUCUGAGUGGCUAUCAGAUGUUUGAAGUUCAGCUUGUUUUGAGAAAGGCUCUCCAAAAUGUUUGGACACAGCCUCUUGGAGACAAGAAGGUAAUGGUGAAAAAAGUGAGUCCACAGCAUCGCCAGCUUCUGGAGAACUCUCCUUAUGACUACUGCCAGAAGGAGCUCAUUCUCCUGUCUGCCCGAGGCUUCACCAACCUCUUCCAGACACUUGUUAAAGCCAAGAAGCCCCUGGUGGGACACAACAUGCUUAUGGACCUUAUGCAUCUUCACGACAAGUUCUACAAGCCCCUUCCAGAAAGCUACGAGGAGUUUAAAAGGAACAUUCACAACCUGUUUCCUGUCCUCAUAGACACCAAGACCGUAACAAAAUCCAUCUGGAAGAAAUGUCUGUUUCGUCAUGUAACUAAUCUUUUGGAGGUGUAUGAGAUUUUAUGCAGCAGCAACCUCAAUCCCAAAGAUUCAGCGUGCCCAGUGAUAACUCUUGCAAGUGACUGCUCAAGAUACGCUGUGAAGAAAUCUCCUCACGAGGCAGGCUAUGAUGCAUUUCUCUGUGGUUCAGUUCUUCUGAAGUCAGCUCAUUUGCUACUGUGCAGAUCCACAGAUGAUGCAGUGGAGGCUGAUCCUUCUUUCUCUCAGUAUCUCACCGUGUUAGCCGAGUAUCUGAACAAAGUGAAUUUCAUCCGAGGUGGUGUUUCAAGCAUUAAUUUUUCUGGGGAAGACGUUUCCUGCAAACAUCCCCCUGCCUUGGUUGUCCAUGUCCGAGGCUGGCCAGGGCUGAAUGAAAGGCAGAUUUACAAAGAGUUUAAAGCUCUUUGUCGCUUUGACGUCAGACAGCUUUCAAAGAACCAGUUCCUUCUGCUCUCCAACAAAUUUAAGCAUGUCAGGCUGGUUCUGCGAGAUUAUAAGCAUCACCCUCAUCUGCGGGUUUCCGUCUAUGGCCGCUGGAGGCACUCUCCGCACGUCAGCUGCCUGCUGCAAGUCUCUGGUAUUGUGGCACUAUGGUCUCUCUUGGCCUUUGUACUCGGAGGAGCUCCUUGCUGUUCAUUGUAA